AUGGACAUGGCGUCCAAGGCAGACGGCGGCAACACGCCUGUGAAAGGCAAGAAGAACGCCUUGGAGAAGGAAGGUGCAAGCAUCGUCCUUUCCAACAAGAAGCAGAAAUCUGAAGAAGCUGUUGCAAUGGGGCCAGGGGAAAGUGAUAGGGCACCUGAAGCAGAGCCAGCGGCCAGCAUGUCGGAUGCACCUGCUGCCGCUACGGUCCUCUCUUCGGAAGAAAUCAUGAAGAUGUUUGAAGCGCAGUCUCUGGCAAACGAGGCAUUGAAGGCGGACAUGAAGGCAUUGGAGGCCGGAACCAAGGCAUUGGAGGCACGCCUGGAUGGAAUCGCUGGAGCAAUGGAGCCUGCAACGGAGUACGCUCUUUUUGAGACUGCCAUCUAUGAGUUUGUGGAAGCCAAACACCUGCAGGAGAGGAAGAAAAUCAAGUAUCAGGUAUCCCGACUUUGCAGCUGGAUCCUUUACAAUCUGUUUGGUGAACAAAAACCGGAUCCUCCUGCUGUUCCGAGCAUUCGCAGCGAGCAGGAAGUGCUGACGUUUCUACUAGCCGCAAUGGCGGGGAUUAGCGCUUAG